CACUGCUGAGACCCCCGGACUGACAGCUCUGAGCCCCCCCGGACAGUGCUGAGCCCCCGGAGUGACGGCUCUGAGCCCCCCCGGACACUGCUGAGCUCCCGGACUGACAGCUCUGAGCCCCCCCGGACACUGCUGAGCCCCCGGACGCAGCUGAACGCCCGGACUGACGGGGCUGAAUCCCCGGGUGGGGCUGAGCCCCUCACGGACGCGGCUGAACCCCGGGACUGGAGGUGCUGGAUCCCCCUGGACACUCCUGCUGACCCCUCGGACUGACGGGGCUGAGCCCCUCAGGAUCCUGCUGAGCCCCCGGGCCGGUUCUGAGCUCGGGGCUCCGCCGCAGGCACUUGGAGAGCUAUCCAGUGGUUCAGUGCUGAGGGAAUUCUGCAGGAGCAUGGCUGGAGCAGGACACGGAGUCUGGGCACAGAAUGCAGGCAGGGAUGUGUGCUGCUGCCUGCCCCGCUGGCUGCGCGCCGCGGGACUGUGACCCCGCCGCGCUCCGGAGCGGGUGCCAGGAGCCAUGAGGAGGUUUGGCUACUGCCGGGUGGUGCUGGCCACCUCCCUGCUCUGGGUGCUGCUGGACGUGUUCCUGCUGCUCUACUUCAGCGAGUGCAACAAGUGCGACGAGAGCAAGGAGCGCUCGCUGCUGCCCGCCCUGCGCGCCGUUAUUUCCCGGAACCAGGAGGGCCCGGGGGAGAUGGGCAGGGCCGUGCUCAUCCCCAGGGAGGAGCAGGAGAAGAUGAAGGAGCUGUUCAAGAUCAACCAGUUCAACCUGCUGGCCAGCGACCGCAUCGCGCUGAACCGCAGCCUGCCCGACGUGCGGCUGGACGGGUGCAAGAGCAAGGUGUACCCGGAGGAGCUGCCCAACACCAGCGUGGUGAUCGUGUUCCACAACGAGGCGUGGAGCACGCUGCUCAGGACCAUCCACAGCGUGCUGGAGCGCUCCCCGCCGCGCCUGCUGGCCGAGAUCGUCCUGGUGGAUGACGCCAGCGAGAGAGAGUUCCUGAAGGCCUCCCUGGAGAACUACGUGAGGAAGCUGGAGGUGCCCGUGCGGAUCCUGCGCAUGGAGCAGAGGUCGGGGCUGAUCCGGGCACGGCUCCGAGGGGCAGCAGCUGCCAGGGGCCAGGUGAUCACAUUCCUGGAUGCCCACUGCGAGUGCACCCUGGGCUGGCUGGAGCCGCUGCUGGCCAGGAUCAAGGAGGACAGGAAAACCGUGGUGUGUCCCAUCAUCGACGUGAUCAGCGACGACACCUUCGAGUACAUGGCGGGCUCGGACAUGACCUACGGGGGCUUCAACUGGAAGCUGAAUUUCCGCUGGUACCCCGUGCCCCAGCGGGAGAUGGAGCGCAGGAAGGGGGACAGGACCCUGCCCGUCAGGACCCCAACUAUGGCUGGUGGCCUGUUUUCUAUUGACAGGAACUACUUUGAAGAGAUAGGAACUUACGAUGCAGGAAUGGAUAUCUGGGGUGGCGAGAAUCUUGAAAUGUCCUUUAGGGUCUGGCAGUGUGGAGGCUCCCUGGAGAUCGUCACCUGCUCCCACGUGGGACACGUCUUCCGCAAGGCCACCCCCUACACCUUCCCGGGGGGCACGGGCCACGUCAUCAACAAGAACAACCGCCGGCUGGCCGAGGUCUGGAUGGACGAGUUCAAGGAUUUCUUCUACAUCAUCUCCCCGGGGGUGGUGAAGGUGGAUUACGGAGACGUUUCCGUAAGGAAAGCCCUGCGGGAGAGGCUGGGGUGCAAACCCUUCUCCUGGUACCUGGAGAACGUCUACCCCGACUCGCAGAUCCCGCGGCGCUACUACUCCCUGGGAGAGAUCAGGAAUGUUGAAACCAACCAGUGCUUGGACAACAUGGGCCGCAAGGAGAACGAAAAAGUGGGAUUUUUCAACUGCCAUGGCAUGGGAGGGAACCAGGUGUUCUCCUACACGGCGGACAAGGAGAUCCGCACGGACGACCUGUGCCUGGACGUGUCGCGGCUCAACGGCCCCGUGCUCAUGCUCAAGUGCCACCACCUGAGGGGCAACCAGCUCUGGGAGUACGAUGCCGAGAAGCUCACCCUGAGGCACCUGAACAGCAACCAGUGCCUGGCGGAGCCGUCGGAGGAGGACCGGCUGGUGCCCACCAUGCGCGACUGCGGCGGCGGCCGCGCCCAGCAGUGGCUGCUGCGCAACAUGACCCUGGCGGCCUGAUCCCUCCGCUCAUCCCGCUCCUCAUCCCGCUGUGCCCAGCUGUGCCCGGCCCUCUCCCGAGCCCAGCGCGGUCACCGCGGGGCUCCUGCUGGGCCCUUGGACUGCUCCGGGCCUCCAGCUGAUCCAGGACCUGCUGGUAGCGACAGCAGCGCGCUCCGGAUUCCAGAGGCGGCAGCUGGCCUGGGAGGAGGUGGGAUAUGGAGGCAUUGCUGCCAGUCCUGAUUCCAGAGGUAUCAGAUGACCUUGGAGGAGUUGGGAUAUGGAGGCGUUGCUGCUACUCCAGAAGUAUCAGAUGACCUUGGAGGAGUUGGGAUAUGGAGGCAUUGCUGCCAGUCCCGAUUCCAGAGGUAUCAGAUGACCUUGGAGGAGUUGGGAUAUGGAGGCGUUGCUGCUACUCCAGAAGUAUCAGAUGACCUUGGAGAAGGUGGGAUAUGGAGGUGUCGCUGUCACUCCAGAUUCCAGAGAUAGCUGACCUUGGAGAAGUUGGGAUAUGGAGGCAUUGCUGUCACCCCAGAGAUACCAGCUGACCUUGGAGGAGUUGGGAUAUGGAGGCGUUGCUGCCACUCCAUAUUCCAGAGAUAGCUGGCCUUGGAGGAGUUGGGAUUUGGAGGUGUCGCUGUCACAUGUCCCCACGGAGAGGUGGCCCAGUCCAAAGGCCCUGUGGCACCAGCUGGCACUGGGAGCCAUCCUGGGGGGUGUGGCCCGAGCCGAUGGGAUGUGCUGGGCUCCGAGAUCCUGGAGAAUAUCCUGGGGAAUCUUGGGUGGUCUCUGUGCCCAGUGGGAUUUGACAGCACCAAAGCUUCCUGGGUCGUGCUGGGAAAAAACGGGAUCCGGUGUUGGGAAAACCAAGCCAAGACUGAACUUCACCAGGAAUUCCAACAGAGGAGGCCACAGGAGACACGGGAAUGCCGAGGGGAAGGAGUGACACUUGGAGUGGCACGGAGGGAGCUGUCCCCUCCUUCCAUGGGAAUGGAGCUGGGGCUGGACCUGGAAGGACCAAAACUGAGACCUCUGGAGCUUGGAGGGUCUGCAUCCCUCCAUCCCAGCACAUCCAGGAAUCCCUGCAUCCCCUCCCAGCUCUGCCUCCAGGGGUUCCCUGGAAUCACAGAGGCUCCUUUCUGCUUUCAGGAAUUCGGGGCUCAGUCCUUCUGUGGGUGUGGCUGUUCCCAAAGCGCUGCUGGCCCUCGGGAGCUGCUCCCCUGGCAUGUGGGGACAGGGACAUUCCUUUGGGAGCCACCCCAAGUGCAGCUGUGGCCCUCUGGGCUGGGAUUUUGGGAAUUCUCACUGCCCAGAGGGUUCGGGAGACUGAAAUCCCAGGGCAGCGGGAUCCCAGCAUGGGUAGGUGGGGAAAUAUUUCCCAGGAUUUCCCUCACAAUUCCCAGAAAUCUCUGUACAAUGCACUGGGUCAUUAAAAAUGCUGGUAUUUUCUGUA